CCUUAACAAAAUUCCCAGCCGUUUUCGAUGUCUGCCUCCGUCAUCGCAGCAGAAAAAGCCAAAAAAUUCUUUGAAUUCCCGCAAAAAUAGAGAUCACACACCCCGUGCUGAUCAUCUUCGAUCAUCACUCUAAACACACUCAUCUAGCCUCGGAUCCUUCCCUACUUUUUUUUUUUCGAAUAAUGUCCGGGUCAUCAAAGUACAGACUGCAGGUCCGAGUUGACCCGCAGUACACCCUUCCUGCAUCACAGCAGCACCAACAAACCUCCGCCUCCGCCACUUCGACGGAGAAGAGAUUUUUAACACUUGCGGAUGGGUUACUGACUGUGAAGGAACUGAGGGAGGAAAUCGACAGUAACUUCAAGGCCCGCUAUACUGAAGACUCUAAAACUUUUGUGAUUGAGGGUCUCCAAAACAAGGAGUUUUUUGAUCUCGACGACUCUUUUCUCGUCUGCGAUGUCUUUGACCAGCUCGACACUGUCAACGUGGUUGGCAGGAGGAAGAGCAAAGUUGGUCGACCAAAAGGAGCCAAGACACAAAACAGGACUGUCGUGAACACUACUGACACCGCCAGCACCAGCGGUGAUAAUAGUCAUUCGAACAGCGAGAAGCAGCCCAGCAGCUCCACCUCUGCCGCCGCCAAGCCUGUCGCCGAUGCCCCACAGCAGCAGAAGAGAAAGCGCGACGAGGAUUCUACUUCCACCACCAAUGUCAAGAUCCAGAAGAAGAAGGACACCGCGGAGGACACAUCCAACAAGAAGGUGGCUGCCAAGCCAGCGUCAGCAACAACAACCGGCCCGGAACAUGACGCGGAGGAGGCCAUCAUGAUGAAGAUCUCAGAGGCAGCCAGAGCCAAGAAGGCCGGCGACAACAAGGAGCAGGCGGCGGUCGAGACUCCAACAAAGUCCCCUGCAGCGAACCCGUCUGCUCAGUCGUCCACAGCAUCUUCAUCCUCCACAGCAGACACCACUACCGCCACGCAGUCACCUGCUCUGUCAAAGAAGCAGUUGAAGGCCGAGAAAAAGCGCAAGGCCCAGGAGGCAGAGAAGGGGACCUUGAAGGAAGGACAGCCCGCAGGAUCCAAGCCUGCCGCCGAGUCGAAGGCUUCCGCGGAAUCCAAAGCCCCUGCACUCCAAAAGAAGCCUGCUUCAGCAAAGGCCGCUGGAGCUCAGCCCAACAACAAUAAGGCCGACAGUAACAACAGCGCGGAGGUUGUACCCGACAAGAAGAAGAUGAAGAAGGCCGCGAAGAAGGCACAGAAGGAAGCGGCCAAAGCAACAGGCAAGGCGGACGCUGAAGGGGAAGUGGACUCGGCUGUCGAUUCCAGCCCUACUCCAUCUUCUUCGUCAUCUGCUUCGAGUUCAUCAUCGCCUUCAGCCGAUCCACAAGUUCUUCUCGCCGCGCUGUCCAGCCAUCGAUCUCAGGAGAACUCUGCACGAGCGUCGCGCAAGAUCAACAAUGACCUGUUGAUCCAAGAGCUGAUGUCUAAGGAUCCCGAGGAUCUCACGGAAGGGGAGCAGAAGGAGUUGCGCCUGGCUGAGCGUCGCAGGAAGGAGAAGGCUCGCAGGGAGAUUAUCCAUAAAGCGCAGGAGGACCUCCAGUCGGAUGAUCCCGAAGUCGUGGCCGCCGCACGCAGGUUUUUGGAUGAGCCCAAGAGGCGAGGACGUCCUCUAGUGAACAAAGCCGGCAAAAAGGAGGAGGUCGCACUUAAAAAGGCCGAGAUGAGGAAGACUCAGCAGCAGGACAAGGAUAGCAUGCCGGAAAAGACCCAGCAGCAGCAACAGAAGAGCAAGGCGGCCUCUCUUAGCAAGGACGAGGACGCGAAGGCCAAGGGCAAAGAUGAUAAGGAGCAGAAGGAUGAGUCUCAUUCAGAGAAAUCGUCGCCAAGGUCGUCACCUUCGUCAGCAUCCUCGCCCUCAGACGAUGACCCGAGCUCGUCUUCUGAUUCGGACUCCUCCUCAAGUAGCAGUAGCAGCAAGUCAUCCUCGAGAUCGUUUGCCUCUGCCAGGUCAUCGUCGAGCUCUUAAUUGCGAAAAGGGAUUCAUAUGCAAACAGGGAAGGAAAAAUAAUAAUCAGACGCUGCCUUCUCCUAUUGAAGCAUCGCGUUAAAUAACUUGAGACCUGUUUCCGGGCAAAUCAGAUAAUCUCCCAAAAUAGAGUGAGCCAUAGGAAAGCAAAGAAUGUAUGCGCAUACCCAUUACUUUAAAUAUGACCAAGCAGACACAAAUGCACAUCCUCUUCAGUCUACACAAUAAAAAGC